AUCCAGGGAAGGCAAGGAAAUUUCCUUUUACGAAAAGAUCCUGAACCGACCGGGAAUCGAACACAAACACCUACUUUGUAGAAUUAGUUGUUCCCUUGUCCAGAAAUUGAACUAAAGUCCAGUCUAGCUUUCAACAGCAAAUAUCAAUUGAGUUAUCGAUGACCGCAAUGGUGUGAUCAAUUAAUCUAACAAAAAUCCCUAACCCUCCGUAUUUCCAUUCAUCUCUUCCAAAGAUUACGGUGUUUCCCAGAAAGAUGUUUAGCUUCGUAGAAUAGUAUCUCUCGCGUGCGACAUUCAUGCCUACGCCGGCUUCAUUUAUCCAGUAAAUAGCAGUUCAUCCACCACGAGUCCACUCGAUCGCUGUCAUCUCGCUCUCCAACUACUUCAGUGCCAUACUAACGAUCAACCGACCUGGCUGCAAGCCGCCCGCUCCUUUAGAACCAAAUAAACGAUGAACGUGAACUCAUUUCGUCGCAUCGGCUACAUCUACGCCGUGUUUUGCUUUAUCUGCUCGGUGCUGGGUGCCGUCUAUUUUUUCAAGAAAAUACUCGAACCCAAAACAUUCUGCGUUCAAUACUUUUGUGAAAGUGGUUUCGAGCAUCUGUUGAUAUCGGCGAUCAGCAUGGUGAUGUGCCUCCUAUCAGCGACGUUUGCCAUAUUUGUCAAACUGGGAAUAGAAGAGGGUGAACCGGGCUACAUACACAUCAGCCGGACGUUCAUGCUGGUGCGCAGUUUUGUUCUGACGAUUCGCUGGACAUACGAAAGUGUCGCACUGGCGAUCACUGAAAUCGAUCAAGGCAUAUCUCCGUUGGUGGAGCAAUUUCGCAGUGUCGCCACUAUUUUGCUGAUUGUGAUUACAGCUUCAACCGGUUUCGAGUUGUGGAUCUUGGAUGGAGUGCAGAAAUAUUCGCUGCAAAGGUUGCAUUAGGGUUCUACCACUUACAAAUGUAGAAAGGAUGGUUUCUCUUCUCGAGAAUAGCAAUGCAAAAAGACUGACAACAAUUAUAAGGAAUUCCUAUCAAAGUGAUAUUCGUAAGUAGCAUUUAAGGGUCUGUGAAUUUUUAAAAUAAUUAGUGUUUUACAUAUUACAUACAAUAAUUACGUAAGCACAUUCA